UGCUGCCUAAUUCCGAUUUCUGACGGGGGGGAGAACGCAGACACCUCAGUCCCAGUUCACUUGGUAGUUUCUGAGCUGCUCGAGGCCACCACAGGGGUGGGAGUUGGGGUGAACCCCUCGUGUCUCUUUGCAGGGCCACGAUGGGCCUCCUGGAAUCUCGGGGUGUUCAUCUGCAUCCGCUGUGCUGGCAUCCACAGGAACCUGGGAGUUCACAUCUCCAGGGUCAAAUCCGUCAACCUCGACCAGUGGACACAGGAGCAGAUCCAGUGUGUGCAGGAGAUGGGAAAUGGCAAAGCAAACCGGCUCUACGAAGCCUUCCUGCCCGAGAACUUCAGGAGACCUCAGACAGACCAAGCUGUGGAGAGUUUCAUCCGGGAUAAAUACGAGAAGAAGAAAUACAUGGACAGGAGCAUCGACAUCAGUGCAUUCAGGAAAGAAAAAGAUGACAAAUGGAAAAGGAGCAACGAGCCCAUAUCAGAAAGAAAACUGGAACCCAUCAUCUUUGAGAAGGUGAAAAUGCCUCAGAAGAAAGAAGAAAUGCAGCAGUCUAGAAAAAGUUCUCCUAAAUCUGAGCCAGUAAUGGACUUGCUGGGACUUGAUGCUCCUGUGACAACCCCUGUCACCAAUGGCAGGCCCAGCAGCCUGGAGAAGGACCUGGACCUCUUUGCAUCAGUGGGAUCAAGCUCAGACUCCAGGAGGCCAGGAGCGAUGUUCAUGGCCCCGGCUCAGAUCCCGUAUCCCGCCGCCUAUCCCAGUUUUCCGGGCGUGACCCCGUCGGGCAGCAUGAUGGGGGGUCUGCUGGCCCCCUCGGUGGGCAUGGUGGCCCAGCCCGGGCCCGGGGGCAUGGUGGCCCCCCUGGCCAUCCCAGCUGGCUACGUGGGCAGCGUGCAGGCGGCCGUGCUGGGCGUCCCCAACGGCGUCAUGGGCGCCCAGCAGGGCGGGUACGUGGCCGGGGUGGCGGCGGUGCCACCGCCCGUCUACGGGGUCCAGCCCACCCAGCAGCUGCAGUGGAACAUUGCCCAGGUGACCCAGCAGAUGGCUGGGAUGAACUUCUAUGGAGCCAACGGGAUGAUGGGCUAUGGCCAGUCCAUGGGAGGAGGGGGAGCCCAGGGCAGCAAUCAGUCCCUCAGCUCCCCGAUGUGGAAAUGAGCCCUCGCGUUGUGACCAUUUCUGCCUUCUGUUCUGUUCUUCAAACCUGCUCUCCAUGAGACAUUCAGGGUUUUUCCUUUUUGGGGCUGCCC